GCGGCGCUGAGCGGCCUGGCGUCGGCGCUGGAGUCUUACAGGGGCCGGGACCGCCUGAUCCGAACGCUGGGGUACUGCUGCCAGCUGGUCGGUGGGGCCCUGGUGGAACAAUGUCCGGCCAGGUCAGAAGUGGGGACGCGCCUGCUGGUGCUGUCCUCCCAACUCAACCACUGCAGGACCAUCCUUCGACUCUUCGAUGACUUGGCCAUGUUUAUGUACACUAAGCAGUAUGGCCUGGGGGCAGAGGAGGAAGAUGUCUUUGUCCGCUGUGUAUCUGUCCUGGGUAACCUGGCUGACCAGCUGUACUACCCCUGUGAGCAUGUCGCCUGGGCUGCCGACGCCAAGAUCCUCCGUGUGGACUCUGCCUGGUGGUGGACACUGAGCACAGCCUUCUGGGGCCUGUCCCUGCUCCUGGGGAUUGCCAGGUCCUUGUGGAUGGUCGCGAAGCUGAGAAAGCAGCUGAGGAGCCCUAUGGCCGCCUUCACCAGCCGGCUGCCCCGGAGCAAGUGGAGGGCAGUGGAGGCCCAGAUCCAGUCGGAGGUGCUGACUCUCCUGAGCAACCUGGCCGACCUGGCCAACGCCGUGCACUGGCUGCCCCCAGGAGUCCUGUGGGCUGGCCGCUUCCCCCCGUGGGUGGUGGGCCUCCUGGGCACUGUGUCCUCCCUCCUCAGUGUGUACCAGGCAGUCCGGGCUGGUGGCCGGGCUGAUGCCACCACCCCCUGA